CAAGGCAAACCAUACUCAGAUUAUUGGCACAUUCAGAAUUAAAAGCUAGCAUCAUUUUCCGUCUUCAAUAUGCUUACAACAGUUGCUCUUGGAUUUCUAGUGUUAACGCUUCAUCAAGCCAACAGCCAGGAAUGUAUCGACAGGAAAAAAUAUGAAGCUCAAGUCAAUGCUUGUUGUGACUUUCCUCAAUUUUUUACUUCACCGUCAAACUACCAACGGCAAGCCUGUCAGGAGGAAUUGAAAAAUAUGGCCUUGGAUAGGGACAAUCAAAUUGUAUGUGCCGUAAAAUGCCAGAUGGAAAAGCAAGGUAUUCUAGAGAAGGACAGGGUGGACGUUAAAAAGUCGAAUGAACUCACCAAACACCUGGACGAGGAAACCAGGGACGUUAUGGCACGGCUCAUUGAGAUGUGCGUCAGGAUUACCAACGAGCAACGGUCACACUUGACGAAAACCCAGUACAAGUGCAGCUUCUUUGCGUAUGGUUUUUUGCUCUGCCUUACCGAAAAAAUGCGCGCCAAUUGUCCGGACAAGUAUUGGAAGAGCGGAGGAAUUUGCGACAAAUGGGAUAAACUUGGAUACUGCGACGAUGGGAACUAAAA